UAAAUUUCGAACCAGUUGCAGCAGAAUUUAUGGGAGAUGAACAGAAGCAGAUAUAUCAUGAAAAACAGAAGUUACAAUUUUGCCUCUUACACUCUCUCAACAAUCUCUUCCAGGAGAAGGAUGCGUUUACAAGAAAAGAUUUGGAUGAUAUAGCUGAACAGCUUGUUAAAGAAGAUCCAUAUGAAGGAAACCGGAUGCCUUUUUCAGUUAUCUUCAAGCCUCAUCAUAAUUCACUAACAGGUAAUUAUGACAUAAAUGUGUUAAUUACUGCAGUUGAAAGAUAAGGGAAGAGAGUUGUUUGGCAUGAUAGGCGUAAUAGAGCUUCUUCCAUUAACCUUGAUGAACCUGAAGGUAAAUUAAUGGGGAUUGUGCUAAAUGUUCCUAUAAGAAAGUAUGGUGGUCUUUAGAGAAGUAGACAUUAGGUUUCUUUGAGAAGGAUUAAUGGGAUUUGGUAUAACUUAG